AUUGCAUGUAAAGCUUCAGUCUUUGAACGCAUACUUUUCAUGCAACAUUUUCUGUCGUUUGAGAGCACGUUAUAAAUGUGUGUGUUAUUGCGGAAUAUGCAUGCAUGAACUCAUCUGAAUCGCUCUUCUGCUCACUGCAUGUGCACCUGCUCUCGCAUGCCUCCCUCCCUCACAGACAUGAACUUAGAUGGGGACAGCAGCAUGCCAGUCAGUUGUGGGAAUGGCAAACUUAGACAGUGGCUCAUCGAUCAGAUUGACAGCGGGGAGUAUUCCGGCUUGGUUUGGGAAAAUGACGAAAAAACCAUUUUCAGGAUUCCCUGGAAGCACGCGGGGAAACAGGACUACAACCGCGACGAGGACGCGGCGCUCUUCAAGGCUUGGGCCCUGUUUAAAGGCAAGCACAGAGAAGGCUUGGACAAACCAGACCCUCCAACAUGGAAGACGAGGCUCCGCUGUGCCCUGAACAAGAGCAAUGACUUUGAUGAGCUGGUGGAGAGAAGCCAGCUGGACAUCUCGGAUCCUUACAAGGUCUACAGGAUAAUACCAGAAGCAGCCAAGAGAGGCUCUAAGUCCAGCAGUAUGGAUGACAGCGUGGCUCACGUGGCUCCUAUUAGUUAUCCUAUGCAUUCCCCAUAUCCUCCUCUACAGCCUCAGAUGCCGGGAUACAUGCUGCCUCAGGAGAGACGAGACUGGAGGGAAUACAGCGGCGAUCAGCCUCAUCCUCAGGCUCCUCACGCAGAGUUACCGUAUGGCCAGUGUCCGUAUCCACCCACGCGCUCCUUACCCUGGCACCCAUCGGCCUGUGACAACGGGUAUCAGAUAUCUGGCUCCUUCUACACAUAUUCACCGACAGAAACCCAUCCAGUGGCAAUGGACCCCGGUAUAAGAUCGGCCGAAGCCAUGGCUGUUUCAGACUGCCGCCUGCACGUCUCUCUGUACUAUCGCGAGUCUCUGGUGAAGGAGGUGACCACCAGCAGCCCUGAAGGCUGUCGAAUCUCCUCCUCUUCGUCUCCAGGAUCCCCCUCGUCCCCUAUUUCAGGCUUCGUUCACCACGGCCGUCCCAUGCCGCGCUCUCAGGUGGUGCUGUGUUUCGGAGACGAGUUUCCGGACCCUCAACGGCAGAGCAAAAUGAUCACAGCUCAGGUGGAGCCCAUGUUUGCCCGACAGCUCCUGUAUUUUGCAGGCCAGACCAAUGGGCACUACCUGCGCGGAUAUGAGCUUCAGAGUCCAGGUGCUUUACCUGUAGAAGAGUAUCAGAGAAGCAUCCAGCACUUGCAGGAGUAACAGUCUUCACAUGAAACCAGCUGCGAUACUGCAAAGCCCAGCCGCUCGUACAGACAGAGGAGACUAAUGAAAGCCAAUGGAGGUUCAUUGACAUCGUAAUGAAGACUUGAAAUCGUAUAGCGAUUGCCUGACCAAGUGCACACUUUCACAUCCCAAAAGCUACAAACAUCCAGCUCUUCGGACACCGUACAGUAUUGGAUGCUGUCAUUUUUUAAUGAAAUUCUUCAAAGUUUCAGGUGAAUUAUGUCUCAUUAAGUUCAAAAGUCUGAGAACACAUGGAAAAAAAUGUGUUUAUGUUUUAUUUUUUUGUUUAUGUCAGCUUCUUUGCUGCUGUCAUGAAAGCAAAACACAUGCUAAAACAUUGUCAGAUUGAGUUCAUUUCAAUUCAGCGUUUCACUCAAAUCCUGCUGAUAAUAUAAUUUGUAGUGACAAAGGUUGUGUUAAAUUAGAAAAGAAUGCAAAUUAUAAGUUUCAUAUGGACAUUUCAGAAAGAAGCCAACCAAAAAUAAAACUAUUUUUCUCAUAACAUUUAGUAAUUGUUUGAUAGUGGGUCAAAUAUUUUUGAUAAGUUGAUGUAUAGUUGCAUAGAUUUUCUUUUACCGGUCUGUACUGCUUCUGCUUUUCUAACACAAUUCUCUAUUUUUCUCAUUGUUUUUAACUCGGCACCGUGUAAGUAUUUAUAAUGCAUGCAUGUAGGUUUCUAUAUGCACAGCAGAAUGUACUGUAUAGCUGUAUAGAUAUCUUGAAUGUAAUCAAAGUAAUUAUUUCUCUGAAUGGCAUCUGACAAGAAGUUAUAUAAUGCUAAAUACUAAGAAAGAGUUUGUGGUUGUGUGUGUGUGUGAUUGUUAUCUGCCUACAAGUAAAGAUGUAAGUCACAAAUAUAAUCAUGACAAAAUCUGCUUCUCCCCUAUUUG